CGGCCAACUCCUUCGUGGGGACUCCCUACUGGAUGGCUCCAGAGGUGAUCCUGGCCAUGGACGAGGGCCAGUAUGAUUGGCAAGGUGGACCGUCCUGGUCGCUGGGCAUCACCGCAUAGAGCUGGCUGAGAGGAAGCCCCCGCUGUUCAACAUGAAUGCUAUGAGUGCCUUAUACCACAUCGCUCAGAAUGAAAGCCCCGUCCUGCAGUCCAACCACUGGUCUGAUUCCUUCCGCAACUUUGUGGACUCCUGCCUACAGAAGAUUCCCCAGGACCGGCCUACCUCGGACGUACUGCUGAACCACCGCUUCUUGUGCCGCGAGCGUCCGCAGACGGUGAUCAUGGACCUGAUCGCACGGACAAGGACGCGGUGAGGAGCUGGACAACCUGCAGUACCGCAAGCAUGAAGAAGAUCCUUUUUCAGGAAACCCAGCAAAACGGGCCUGUUUCUGAGGGAGGGGAGGAUGAGGAGGAGGUGGAGCAGUACCUGCUACAGACGGGCACCGUAAACAGCAUGGAGAGCUCCCAGUCCGUCCCCAGUAUGUCCAUCUCAGCCAGUUCCCAGAGCAGCUCCGUCAACAGCCUGGCCGACGCCUCCGACGACAGCAGCAGUGAGAUGGCCAUGAUGCAGGAGGGGGAGCACACCGUCACCUCCAACAGCUCCAUCAUCCACCGCCCUUCAGGUCAGGACAACAUCUAUGACGACCCGUACCAGCCGGAGAUGGAUCAACCUCAGGCCCCCUCAGCUGGCCGUCGCCGAGCUUAUUAUCGUAACCGUGACCACUUUGCCACCAUCCGCACCGCCUCUUUGGUGACCCGACAGAUCCAGGAACACGAGCAGGGCUCGGCGCUGCGGGAGCAGAUGUCCGGGUACAAACGCAUGAGGCGGCAGCACCAGAAGCAGCUGAUGGGCCUGGAAAACAAGCUGAAGGCGGAGAGAUGGAACGAGCAUCAGCUGAAGCUGGACAAGGAGCUGGAGAACCAGAGGAACAGUUUCUCCACGGAGGCCGACAAGCUGGGCAAGAAACACCAGGCCAUCCUGGAGAAGGAGACCAAAGCAGCUCUGGCCGAAGAGAAGAAGUUCCAGCAGCACAUACUGGGCCAGCAGAAGAAAGAGCUUACUGGUUUACUGGAGUCCCAGAAACGGCAGUACCGCCAGCGCAAGGAGCAGCUGAAGGAGGAGCUCAACGAGAACCAGUCGACUCCGAAGCGGGAGAAGCAGGAGUGGUUGAUCCGUCAGAAGGAGUGUCUGCAGCAGAUGCAGGCGGAGGAGGAGGCCAGCCUGCUGAGGAGGCAGAGGCAGUACUACGAGCUGCAGUGUCGCCAGUACAAGAGGAAGAUGCUGCUGGCUCGCCACAACCUGGAGCAGGACCUGCUCAGAGAGGACCUGAACAAGAAGCAGACCCAGAAGGAUCUGGAGUGCGCCAUGCUGCUGCGGCACCACGAGUCCACCCAGGAGCUGGAGUUCAGGCAGCUGAGCUUGGUGCAGAGAACCCGAGCCGAGCUCAUCCGAACGCAGCACCAGACCGAGCUCACCAACCAGAUGGAGUACAACAAGCGGCGCGAGCAAGAACUUCGACAGAAACAUGCCACGGAGGUCCGACAGCAGCCCAAGAGCCUCAAGUCCAAAGAGCUGCAGAUCAAGCGUCAGUUCCAGGAGACCUGCAAGAUCCAGACCCGUCAGUACAAAGCUCUGAGGAACCACCUGCUGGAGAGCACUCCCAAGUCCGACCACAAGGCCGUCCUCAAACGCCUCAAAGAGGAGCAAACACGUAAGCUGGCCAUCCUGGCCGAGCAGUACGACCACUCCAUCAACGACAUGCUGUCCACGCAGGCCGUGAGUAAGCUCCGGCUGGACGAGACGCAGGAGGCCGAGUAUCAGGUGCUGCGCAUGCAGCUGCAGCAGGAGCUGGAGCUGCUCAACGCCUACCAGAGCAAGAUCAAGAUGCACACCGACACCCAGCAUGAGCGGGAGGUGAAGGACCUGGAGCAGAGAGUGUCCAUCCGCCGGGCGCUGCUGGAACAGAGGAUCGAGGAGGAGAUGCUCUCCCUGCAGAACGAACGCUCGGAGCGAAUCCGGACUCUUCUGGAACGCCAGGCCCACGAGAUCGAGGCCUUCGAUUCUGAGAGCAUGCGCCUGGGCUUCAGCAACAUGGCGCUGAGCGGCAUCCCGGCCGAGGCCUUCAACCAGGGCUACCCAACCCCCAGCCCGUCCUCGGGCUCCAGCGGGUGGCCGUCGCGGCCAGUCCCGCGGUCCGGCAGCCACUGGAGCCACAGCGUGCAGAACUCAGUGGCCACGCCGUCCUGGCGCAGUCAGAACCACGGCGGAGGAGGCUUCAGCCGGGCCGAGUCCGUCACCACCUCCCACGGCCUCGGCAGGGACGGGGAGCUGAAGAGCAGCAGGGGCCACUCCUCUUCCUCCUCCUCCUCCCAUCACCAGCAGCACUACCUCCCCCAGCACUACCAACACCACCAGAGCACGCCACAGCUCUACCGCGACGACCGCGACCACAGGGACCGCGAGCGGGCCAGGGAGUGGGUGGGAGGGGCGGCCCACUACUCCCAUCACUCCCAGGGCCACCACCUCUCCUCCCACGCCUCUUCCCAGUCCCUGGCCCUCCUGCCUCCUCCACCACCACCUCCCCCCAUCUCCCUCUCCUCCUCUUCUCCUCCUUCCUCCGCCUCCUCCUCCUCUUCCUCACAGGGAGGUUACGGAGGAGGGGGCCUGAGCGUCAGGGGCCCCAACCUGAUGGCCCUCAGGAACAGCCCCCAGCCGCUCAGGAGGACGGCCUCCGGAGGGCCGGGUGGCGGGAGCGACGGCGGUCUGAGCCGGAGCACGUCCGUCACCUCCCACAUCUCCAACGGAUCCCACCUCUCCUACUCCUGAACCGGGCCGGCUCUCCUCCCUGCUGGUCCGCCAUCUUCGUCCUGACUCGGAUCACAUGACGCGAUCCUUUGACCUGUUUUUAACAAAGCGUGCGGGGAGGUUUAGUAGAAGAAGACAGGAGGAGUUGCACAGAGAAGAAAGUUACAUCUAUGUUUAGAAAAACGAGUCAUGUUACAGAACCAACAGGUGGCGCCGGCGUCUCUUCCAUGAAAAACCCAAACUGGGUCCAUUUGUUGGUUCUGGAACAGAGUUGCACAGUAUUGAUGGUUCAGCCUUUUCUUUUUGAUUUCAGUCUGAACUGAGCGACAGUUGUGGAGCUUCCAGUCGGCUAGCGGUGCUUUAAAAACCACUGUAACCAUGUACAUACCUGGAAACCCGCUCUUCUUUUCUAAAUGUUUCGUACGUUCUGCCAAGUCGGGUUUUAGGGUGGGACGGGGAGGGGGUGCACAGGAGGCGAUGAAAGGGAAGAUUUGUUUAAAACGCAGUUUUUCUUUUAUUUGUAGUGAUAAGAUCGUGUAUAAAACUAUAAAAAAAAAAAAACACUGCCAUGAUUCGUUUGCCUGACUUGGACAAAUCUACCACUGCCCUCCGAUCCUCCGAAAGGAAGUCCGACGUUCCCAUGAGCUCGUUUGCCGUCUUUGCUUCGGUCAGAUUAUUAAUCUGUUACAUCUGCUGAGGUUCAGUCCACAAAUACAACUUUAAAACUGUUUCAAAAAGAUUAAUAUAUUUCCUGAAAGGUUGCAGCUAAUUAAAUCAGAAGCUAAUUAUGCUUAAGAGAUAAAUAAAAGAAGGAUUGGCGCCUCCUGCUGUUUAUCUCACAGGUACACAUAAUAAAAUAAGUCAACGGGUCCUACUUUCAGAGCUACAUUUCUUUAAAGUCUUUGGUGAGCUUCACUUUGAGCAACUUUUACCUUCAACCAGCUGCAGAGCUGCAACAUUCAGAUCUGACUGAUGUUUGUUCUGGACACAGACUCUGCCCUGCUCUCUGAUUGGUCAGAGAUCAGCGUAGUCUGCUUGGUUCUUUAGUAGAUGUGUAAAAUGUUGGAAACUGACUUGUAUUUUCAGACUUCUAGGUUUCUUACAGUUUCAGAUCUGGGUUUACAAAGUAGAACUUGUGACCUUAUUUUAGCUCCACAGGUUUCCUCUGUCCUGAUGUUUAGUGCCGACAGGAAAAAAGACCAAAUUUAAACUGAUCAUUCUUAAAACUUUGCUCUUUUUGAACAGACCCAAAAUGCUAUUAAAGCAAAAAAAAUAGCGCAGCUAUGAAGCAGUCGAAUUUUAUCUGUCUCCACAUGAGGUUUAUCCAGCAUCAGUGGCUCCCUGCAGGGACUUUAACUUGUAAAAUUGCUCAUUUUUAUCCUCUCCAGGCUUCUGCUGAACACAAACAUCUGACUGACAAAAACGACAAACCAGAAAGCGGCUCGUCGGGUCCGACGCUGCCGUCGUAUGUUUGCGUUAGCCGAACGUGUGCGUGCAGCUUCCCCUCACCUGUUCCCCAGUCUGUCGGCAUCUGUAGAUAAGAUGUACAUGUGCAUUACAACUGAGUACAAUUCAGUGCAUGGGACUUGUGUACAGACGACAUUUGUAUGAAUAAACAUGCACAUUACCUAUUUAUAUAAAUACAUGUAAAUGUAAGAUACCUGUAGAUGUAGCAGGUAUACUGAAGAUUGUUCACUGUCCAAACACUUUUGACUUGUAUUGUACUUGCAGUGUACAUAGAAGCACUAACUUUGAGACUGUGUUAGAGUAAUAAUAAUGAUUAUUUUGUCAUGUGAGUUAAACUGAUUUGUACUUAGAUGCAGACAAAUAGAUGCCAUCAUUAUUAUUACUACUGCUGCAGUUGGAAUAUUUAUGUUAUGCUAAUUUUUAAGUUUUUAAAAUGUUAUUGCCAAUUUUGACCACUAGGUGGGGAAUAAGCGCAACGUUACGGUGAUAGAGCUAUAAAAAUAUUAAUGUUUUUAAAGGAGGACUACCUUUCCCAGAAUUCCUGUCGAGGUUUUAGGGUUUGGAGUCUCCGGUUACGGGCAGGGCUGCGUUCUACUUUUUACUUCUGAAUUCUUUGUUUUGAGCCAGUAUUAAACCGUGGAGCGUCCACAGUCGAGCUGAGUAAACAGACGUUCGUUUUUCCACAUUCUUUCACUACAUUUGUGCCAUUUUUGUUUGUUUUUUUUUUACUUUUCAUUUAUGUUUUGGGGUCACACUUCUCGUGGGCGAGCAACUUUCCCAAAAACACUGUAACCGCAGAUUAAGGAGCCCAAAAAGUCUUCCAUUUUAUAUCGGUAAUAAGAAAAAGUUAAAUAAUCACAUGAAAAAUUUAAUUAAAUAUGCAUAAACUUUAACAGUUAAAUGCAUUUAAGUAUUGCAAAGUUAUGAAAGUUCGGUCAACUAGGCGCAUUUAGAGAAUUAAGUAAGAAAAUCAAAAUUUGUCUAAAGUAACCAAAGAAAAUUAUGUAAACUUAAAAUUGUAAAGAUAUACUUUAACAUGUUGAGCAGCUAAUUUACAGUAAAAUAAGAAAUUGUACAUAUUUACAUUUGUAAGCGAGUCACAAAUUAACAAGAUUUCUGCUAAAUUUAAAAUUAAAGCCGUAAAUCGGGACAAGAAGCAUUAAACUAAUAAUUUAAUCGUGAAAUUGUAGAAAUGUAAAGUAAAAAUAGAUAUGUGAAUGAUUGAUUAUAAAUUAAAUUUAAAAAUCGCACUAACUAUAAAAAUGAGACCAAAGUGAUCAAAUCAAAGAGAAAAUUGUUAAAUAUGAUUUUCUAUGAAGUAAAAAAGAAAAUGUAAAACUUAAAAUUAAGAUAUGAAAAUGAGGGAAAUAUAAACAUAAGGCGAAUAACCUAAGAAAAAAAAUUAUAUAUUUUUGUUUUAUCUGAAGUCUUAAUUUGGGCCUUUAACAAAAUGCUGAAGAAAUAAUUUGCAUUUAUUUACCGUGCGAUGUCAGAAUUAUUGUUGUGUAAAAAGUCUCCACCAGGGGGCAGAAGAUGGAUUUAAACUGGACUUUCAGCAGUUAAACCAGGCACAAAAACACCUUAAACAUUUAUCAUAUUAAUGAUUGGAAAUUUGCACAGAUGGCUCAUUUGCAUAUUUAAAUAAAUUUUUAUGUGAUUAUUUUUUCUCCUGUAAUUGGAUUUUCUUUUAUUUUGUGGACUUUGGGACUCCGCAGCAGAACUCCACUCUGUGUUCCAACAAACACCUCAUGGUUAGAUUUUUGCACAGUCCGAAUGGGUAGAAAACGGCCGUGUGAUGGAUGCUGUCUCUAGGUAUCAUGUCUACCUCAUUUGCACUGAUAGUAAAAGAAUGUUUGGGUGGAUUUCAGAGGAAGGAAAACAUUUCUUCUUCAUGGGUUUUUUGUUCUCAUUUUGUGCAAAUGUUGAUGAGACAAUGAAUGAGAGGGGGAGGGGCUCAGAGCGAGGCCUCCCCUCCGCCGACGCAUCACUGCAGGACAUGUUGGACGUUUGAGACGCUUGGAGACGAGUCUGAAACGCUGUGCUGGGUUCUGUUUUUGGAAAUGUUUACUGGGAAUCUGCUGGCCUUCCAUGGAAGAACUGGUUUUCUUUAGCAGAAAAGAUUUAUGUCAUGAGAUUUCAUUUUGCCAAAUUAAUUUUUAAAUGCAUUAUUUUGAGAUGUUUACCAUUCCUGAAGUGUUAUUUCUCUCAAAGCUGCACCAGGAAAACUAAUCUCUGCUGAUGGGCCCCAGAGUCAAACUUUUAUUUCUACGGGAAGGUUUCCGUUUGGUCUCGUUAGAAAAUCUUGUUAGUGUCUUUUACUAUUAUUAUUAUUAUAACACUUUUUAAAAUAUUUUAACUGACGUUUGGGAGUGAUUAUAACUGACAGGAAAUUACACUGAUAAGUCAUUUUAAGAACCUUUUUUUCUUUAUCUCAGGAGGAAACCUGGAGUGGCUUGUAUUCACUGGGGGGAAAACGGUUUUUACAAGAUAAUUUCACAACAAUGAUCAGGUUUAGAUUUUAUAUAAAACAGCAAAAUUGUCUCUUUUUAUUUCGGGGGGGUUCAUUAGUUCGCUUACAUGUGGGGAGAAUAUGUUUUUCUGUAUUAUUUUACAAAAAUAAUCUGUUUUUAUGAGGUAGUUCUUUUGUAUAUUCUCUCAAAAGCUUUUUUUUUUUUUUUACCAAACAUUUCAGCAGGAAUCUGGCAGGAGUUAUUUUCACUUUGGAGAAAAGAAAUUUCUGGUUUUACUAAAUGAUUUUAUGGAGGCAAAAAGUCUCAAACCAGUUUUUACAAAAUAAUUAACAAAACCUACGUUUUAUUAUGUAGUUUUAAAAUAAAUGUUCAAGAAAUGUUGAAAUUGAUUGAAAAUAUCCCCAAAACACAAAGUUAAUGAUUUAAAUUGAAAAUGAAAUUAAACAGUCUUGUUUGUUUUUGCAUUUUGAAGCUAGAAAGUUUCAGAUGGUCUAAAAGCUGCUUAUCUUAAUUUAGCAGUUACUAAAGCAGGUGCUUUACUUACUGAAAGCAAACCUUUUCCACUAUGUUUCACUAAAUCCACAUUUCUGUUCAAUUCCACGUUUCCUGGUGCAGUUUUAGAAAAUAAAAAAAAAACUUUUCUGUCUGUUGUGUUUGUGGCCAGCAGGUGUAGAACUGACAGGAGUAGAUGAGGAUGGUGAGGAUGGAUGUGUGUGAGCGCCGUGCUGUUGCAGCAGGAUUUGAAAUGUUCAGGUUCAAUGCAAAGUGUUUGGAAGAGCGUUGGAAAAUGAGUUGUACAGAAACGUAACUAAAUACUUUUGGAGAAAUAAAAGAACAAAAACUGAA